AUGUCGUCAGAUGAUCUGAAUAUUGACAAUUUGAUCACUCGACUCUUGGAAGGUUCGUUUUUUUCUCAAAAUUUCAAUUGUUUUAUCUUUUGAGUACAAUCUAUCGAUCAGUUUGAUCAUAAUCUUCAGUGUAAACUAAACUAGAACUUAUUACAAAAAAGUUCUAUGUUUGUAUAUUUUUUCACCAAACUAUAAAUCAAUUUUUUCAGUCCGAGGAUGUCGUCCAGGGAAACCAGUUUCAAUGACAGAAUCUGAAAUCAGAGCACUUUGCCACAAAUCCAGAGAAAUCUUCUUGUCGCAACCAAUUUUGUUGGAACUCGAAGCACCGCUCAAAAUCUGUGGUAUGUUAUUAUUCAAAAACCCAUUUUGUAGUGUUUUCAAAUACAAUUUCAUGAGAAAAAUAAUACAAAUUUUGUUUGUUCGUAGAAAGUUCAUACAUACUUUUGAAAUUCGGUUUGUGAAGAAAAAUUAGCUCUAAAAUUGGUCAUGUUGGGUCAAACAUCGAUUCUGCUGCAAAAUUUCGCCAUGCAGGCCAAAAAAUAAUAGCAACCUAUCAAUUUUCAUGAAAUUGUUGUGCUCAAGCACAUAGAAUGAAUUUUUGAGAGAGAAAAACAAUGACGUUUGACAAAAUGGUAGAAUUUCUGAAAACAAUGGAAUCUUGAGAGUUUUCGUUAUAGAUGUUAGUGAAAACGUUCCAGAUGUCAGUAACUGAAUAUCCGGAUCUUGACUUGAUUUAUGACGUGAAAUUCGAAAAUAUCCAUACCGAAAUGUUUCUAAUGCGAAUUAAAAUUAAACUUCUACGUCAUAAUUUAUGUUCCCAUUGAGAUGAGCAGAUUUUGGGCUUUUCAGGCUUUUGAAGGCCUAGGCUUCUCUAAUUAACAAAAGUCCACAUGAAUCUCUUGAAGAGACGCACGUAACCACAGUGGCUCUCAAGGCGCGGCUCCUAGCCAAUAUGGUUUUCUAGGCGUGGGUCCUAGACAAUCAUGUUCACUAGACUAAGACACAUCUCAUUGGGCAUUCUAGGUUCAAUUAAUUGAUACAGAAGCUCUCCCAAACUUAAGCGUGUAAUAGUUGCUUUUGAAGUCCACUGCCGCGUGUGAUUUUGACUAUAGAAUCGUGAUCAGAGAUUGAAAGACACAAAUUUUUAAAUCUCAAAUCCCUAUAUUUUGCAGGUGACAUCCAUGGUCAAUACAACGACUUGCUCAGAUUAUUCGAAUACGGAGGUUUUCCACCAGAGGCCAACUAUUUAUUCCUCGGUGAUUAUGUUGAUCGUGGAAAGCAAAGUUUGGAGACAAUCUGCCUUUUGUUGGCUUACAAAGUCAAAUAUCCGGAGAACUUUUUCCUGUUGCGCGGAAAUCACGAAUGUGCUUCGAUUAAUAGAAUUUACGGGUUUUAUGAUGAGUGUAAGUUCUUUAUUUCUUUUUUUAUUGGUUCAAAACAAAAAAAUGAAUUUUUAGGCAAACGUCGUUUCUCAAUCAAAUUGUGGAAAACCUUCACCGAUUGUUUCAAUUGUCUUCCAAUCGCUGCUUUGAUUGAUGAGAAAAUCUUCUGUUGUCACGGUGGUUUGUCGCCAGAUUUGCAAAACAUGGAGCAAAUUCGCAGAGUUAUGAGACCGACUGAUGUUCCAGACACAGGUCUUCUCUGUGAUUUAUUGUGGUCCGAUCCGGACAAAGAUGUGACUGGAUGGGGAGAAAAUGAUCGAGGUGUCUCAUUCACUUUUGGACCAGAUGUUGUUGCUAAAUUCUUGAACAGACACGAUUUGGAUUUGAUUUGUCGAGCACAUCAAGUAAGUCUUUUCAAGCCCUUACAAAAUAUUUUUCAAAAUAAUUUCUAUUGAAAACAACUUGUCAUGUUAUGUUUUUUCAAUUCUAUAAGAGUCUCACGCCGAUUCUUUUAUUCAUUUGAUGAUUUUUCUCGUCUGGUUUUCCAAACAAAAGUGUUUUGUGACGCCAUUCAAAUGCACUUUGUGUUUUCGCUUAAUUUAUGGUAUUUUUUGCAUUUCAUUUCGUCUGCGGCCCCUUGACACAAAAAAAAAUUAAUUAUCGAAAUUCUCGAAAAGGGAACUUUCCGUUUUUGUUCAAAAGUCGAGGUUGAAAAUGGGUUGGCUAAAACUAAAACACAUUACAGUUUCUCUAAUGGCAUGAAAUUGCAUUAAAACUAAUUUAAACGACGGAAUGUGACCACGAGAAAUAGAACAGAAAAUAUUGAUCAAGAAUUUAGGCCUCAAGUGAUUUUUGAGAUAAUUGGCGUGAACUUAUGACGUGACAAUUUAGAAAUUGUUUUUCGGAAAAUAUAGAAAACAAAAAUAAAAUGGGGGACGUUAAAAAUAAAUUAUUGAAACGUGAACUAUAAUGGUUUCUCAAUUUCAUUUCGAACAAGAACAAUUCUAAUUUGAAAAUUUGGAAGAAGCGAGAAAACUUACUUCAAGAAUAUGUUUUGUUCUUUGAAAAAUUGAUUUUUCAAAAGUAAUGUUAGCUAAAGUUAAAAUUUGAAAUUAGGCAAAUUUUUAGCCGGUUUCGAGAAACAGCUUUUUAGGUUUGAAAUUUGAUAUAUUGAGAUUCUCAGAUUAGAGAAAAAUCUAGUUAUCUUAAACUAGUUCUAUUCGCUUACAAUUAGUAGAGCAUAGAUUAGAUAUUUGAAAACAUUUCAUAAAAUCUUUUUGUUCUAUUUUUUAUUUUUUUUUAAUUUUUGUUCGAUUUCAUUCUAUUUUUAUCUUUUAUUUUACUUACUUCGGUCUUUAUUUUUCUCUAAUUGUAAAUAAAUAAAUAAAUAAAAUGAAUCCAUAAUUAAUUCUCUGAAAUUCUAAAAAUCCUAUUGUUUCCAGGUUGUCGAAGAUGGCUACGAAUUCUUCGCCAAACGUCAAUUGGUAACCCUUUUCUCGGCUCCAAACUAUUGUGGAGAAUUCGACAAUGCCGGUGGAAUGAUGAGUGUUGACGAAACAUUGAUGUGCAGUUUCCAGGUAAAUACUUUUUCCGUCUUUAACACACAAAAAAAUGUCAAGUAUCUGUUCUGUUUAGUAGUAGUUGUUGUCGCUUUGAGCUGCGGCGGCGGCGGACAUACUUGAAAAAAACAAUACAAAAAAAUUGGUUGUUGUUGAAAAAUACUACUAGUACUACUGCGUAGUAGAAUUUUUCGAGUACAAAAAAUGUUGAUUACGUAGGUUAAAACACACCAAUCAGUGAUCAAACUAUAUGUAAUAUUUACCCUUACUUUCCCUAAAAUUUUGCCUGCCAAUCACUUAAAAACUUGGUUAUUUGUUUAUAUUUGACUCAUUCAGUUUUUUUUUGCGAAUUGAUUGUCUAGUUCACACAAAGUUUUUACAAGAGAUUAAUUUUUCGAGAAAAAAGUGUUUCGGUUUAAAUAAAUAUUGGGAAAUAAUGAAUUUUUGUAGAUUUUGAAACCAUCGGAGAAAAAGGCAAAAUAUCAAUAUCAAGGAAUGAAUAGCGGACGACCGGCUGUAUCUGGAGGAAGGCCAGGAACUCAAGGAGGACCCAAAAAAUAA